AUGGAUAGCUAUCAAGGUGAUUUAACUGACAUAAUCCGUGCCAGUGGUGCAUCAUAUCGCAGCUGCAGCACAGGCACUUCUUCAUCUGAAGCUGCUCCUUUUUCUAUUGAUCACUGGCAGUUUUCUUCUGAUUCCAUGAAUUUCUCUUCCAUUUUGGAAGACCCUUGUGGUAACUUCGGUGAUCCAUUCUCAAACAUGAGAGAUCCCUUUCUAUAUGAGUUUGAUGACAUGCUUGGCUCUGCCCACUUUAACAGCGCAAGUUCUGUGGAAAUUAGCAGUUCUGGGGGAUUGGAAGAAGUAGCUUGUUUUGGUGGUGUUGGUAGUGGUAAUACUUGUGUCUUGGCACAAAAGAUUAUGAAGGAUGAUAUGAUUCAGAUCUCUUCCAAUGCUGAGUUACCCAUCUCGCCAGUGAUGGAUACUUUGUCAAGGGUAGUCAAGCCUUCUACUGUGGCUUCAGGUAAGAUGAACAGUGCAAAGACCUCUAAAGAUCAUUGCUUGGGGGACAACACACAAGUGCAGAUCUCAUCUCCACGGUAUCCAGGUUUUAAGCGAAGGAAGAGCCAGGCAAAGAAGUCCAUUUGUGUUCCUGCACCAGCGGCUCCAAACAGCAAACAAAGUGGAGAGGUAGUUCCUUCUGAUCUGUGGGCUUGGAGAAAAUAUGGUCAGAAACCCAUUAAAGGUUCUCCUUAUCCAAGGGGUUAUUAUAGAUGCAGCAGCUCAAAAGGUUGCCCUGCAAGGAAACAAGUAGAGAGGAGUAGAACUGACCCAAACAUGUUGGUCAUUACUUACACUUCAGAGCACAACCAUCCAUGGCCAACUCACAGAAAUUCUCUUGCUGGUUCAACCCGUUCACAACUUUCCAAGAACAAUAACGUUCCCGCUUCAAAGAUUUCACGAACAACUAUUUCUCAGCCCCGAAAUGAGGAAGAUCAACAAGAGGAGAGCAACAGUGACAGCAAUGUGUCUCCACCAAAUAACAGUGCAUGUGUGAAGGAAGAGAAACACCUUGAGAUGGAAGAUGGAGAAUUCAGUAAAGGAGCACUCUCUUACAAGCCAAUAUCUAAGGUGAAGUGCAACCAACUUGAUCAGGACCUGUUUGCAGAAUUGGGAGAAAUUGAAGCACACUCGCUGAACCUAUUUGAUGAUCAGCAAAGGGAAUCCAAAGCUUUAGAUUCAUACAAUCUCUUUGAUUGGACCUAAUGUUAACAGCACCAACUAAUUAAGUGCCACCUCAUUUGAAGAAGAACGUCAUGUAAUAUAAGACCUUGAAUGAAAAGCAACACCUCCCUCACAAAAACCUUUUUUCUUUUGAAGUUGAUGGUCAUCAUGGGAUUUGAUUUAAAAUAUGUCUUGUGGGGGAGAUUAAUUUGAGAUCAAAAAACCACUUUUCUUAAUUGUUUCUACUUUUUUUUUUAUUCCAUGUCAUUUAGCACCACAACAGUCUGGGAGAUAGAUUAGUGGAAUAAAAAUGGGGCUCUAUGGCAGUGCUGCUUGAUUGGAAGCACACCCAAUGAGUCUCACACUCCUUUUGGAAUAUUGGUGGAUGGGACAGAAAGCUAAGGAACAGAAGAUUUCAACAGUUAGAACAAUUA